CGCCCUCUCCAGUUCCAGUUCCAGUUCCAGUUCCAGGCGGAUCAAUCGAAUUUCCAAACCCUAAACUAAAAGGCCAAACUCGCUGUAAUGGCGUGGUCGUCUGUAGUGAAACUGAGGGUUCCGAUCCCAAACUCGCUGGCGGCACUGCUACGCCGCUGCAGUUCUUCGGCUGCAGGAGAAACUGGCUUUGGCAAACAAAUCGAAAAUGAUGAACCCUUCGCUCCUGCGCCUCCAAAUCCUAUACCUAAUAGGCCUCUGAGACGCGAGAGACCCUUCCAGUCCCGCUCCGCCGCCCCUCCGCCGCCACUUCCUCCGCCGCCGCGAGCUUCUCACUUCCCCCAAAAUCAUAAUAAUGCGCAGCCACGGACGAGGACGGACAGGGAUGUUAAUUCCAAGGCUUCCAAUCGUGACGAUCACAUCUCCGAUGCUGCCUUCCUCGACAGAUUCAAGCUCCAGCCUCGUCACAACCAGCCCGACGGCGGGGAUCCCCAAACCCACUCUCCUACUACGGCAGCAGCUCCGCCUUCACCGAAAGAGGGCGGUGGCGAUGAAACUCAUCGGAACCCAACAAAUUCCGAUCGUUCCCACCACCCACAAUCGCCUCCUCCCGAGGCCGACGAGAUCUUCAGGAAGAUGAAGGAGACGGGGCUGAUCCCCAACGCUGUCGCGAUGCUCGACGGGCUGUGCAAGGACGGCCUUGUCCAGGACGCAAUGAAGCUCUUCGCUCAGAUGCGGGAGAAAGGAACAAUGCCGGAUGUGGUUAUUUAUACGGCGGUGGUGGAUGGCUUCUGCAAGGCCCAGAAGCUGGAGGAUGCCAAGAGGAUUUUCAGGAAGAUGAUCAGCAAUGGCAUCAACCCAAAUGCCUUCAGCUACACGGUGUUGAUCCAAGGACUGUACAAGUGUGCCCAGCUCGACGAUGCCCUGGAAUUCUGCUGCGAAAUGCUGGAAGCUGGCCAUUCUCCUAAUGUGACCACUUUCGUCGGCUUGGUGGAUGCCAUGUGUAGGCACAAGGGUAUGGAAGAAGCUCGGGGAGUCAUCAAAUCGUUGCGGGAGAAAGGGAUGUAUCUCAAUGACAAGGCCGUGAGGGAGUUCUUGGACAAGAAUGCGCCAUUAUCUUCGGCACUUUGGGAAGCUUUCUUUGGGAAGAAACCAACUCAAAACCUUUUCUGAGUUGCUCAGCUACUGCCCUGGUUAGUAUACAGAGCCUGUUAGCUGUAGGUCCGAGUUUCUUAUUGCUGCAAUUUUGUUAGAUUGCUAAUCACGGUUUUAAGUCCUCGGCGCCUAGUAAGCGAAUUCACAAGUGACACAGCUAACGCUCUGUAUUAGAAGUUCAGUUUCCUGUUUAGUGUUCACCUACUAUAAAACUUCUUUGUCCAAGAACAUUGUUUCAUACCUUCAGGGCCGGCCAAGUUGGCCGAGUUACUUCCAGUCAUUGCAACUGCCCUGCAGACGCCUUGAAGGCCCCAUUCAAGCAAUGUUCCAUGCAUCCAGCAACUUGGUCUCAUGUGGCGCGCUAUAGAAACAGAGACUAAAAACUUGGCAGGCUGCACUUCAGGUGUCGAGCUUUUUCUACAAGUUCCGGCAAUUAAAAUUGCCAUGCAUUUUCCAGUUUUUUCUAAUCUUAAGACGGCGUUUGGUAGUUUGGAUCAAAACUGAACUGAUCUAAUUUGCCCCUUCAAAUGCAACUAAGCUAAUGACCUCGUUUGUUUCAGUUAAAUGGAUACCGGAAUGUGUGACGUAGAAUCUGCAAAACUAUAAAUCUAUCUGCUCGAGGAAUCUUGUAGCACAUCUGACCUCGAGCUUCCCCUUGCAGCCACGAGGCUGAGAAGCUUGUUGUGUCCUCACUCGAGAUCAUUGAUCAACCUUUUCUCCAAUGCCCAACUACCCCUUGGUCCUGUUGGAUGAGUGAUUUUAUAGCGAGGGAUUUAAAGACCAAAUCUUUCAACUAAAAAUCUAGGAAUUUA